AUGAGUGCAAUGGGGAUAUUGAAGGCCAAAUACAUAUAUUCGACAAGAGUGUUAUAUGCAAAGUUGGCCGGCCGGUUUUUCUAUACGUUUGCAAANUAUAGNGGUAAUGCCGUAAUCGGCGAGGUUAUUCGUAGACCAACNCCACUGGUGGUCGAACAAGCCAUGCAUGUCAUGAUGGAGACUUAUGUUCUUGUCGCCAAAGACCCCAGCGAGAAGUUCCUACAAUCCGUGUUUAUAUCAUUGAUGACUGCAGACGAUANAUUUGCCGAGUCGAGGGUCAGGGCAAAGACGCUUGACGCCAUUAACUACUGCCUCAAGUUGGCUGCAUCCGAUUACAUGCAAGCCAACGACAAUGUCAACGAUGUCUUGCUGGUGUGGUACGAAACAGUAUACUAUGAUUUUGAGCAUUACCGGAGCGUCCANCACAAGUUUAACAUGACAACACCAACGUUUCAAACGAGGGUGGAUGAACAGGAUAUAAGAAAGGCGGCGAUUGGGGCAGUCAAUUUCAGCAUCGACGAUCUUAGCAAAUUGGCCCGCUGUUUGGUCAAGGACUACCGCAGGCAAACUGAGACGUUACUUCCAAAAGGCGUAAUUAUCGUGGACGAUCUUUACGAAGAGUUUGAAAGAAAUGCUGUGGAGUUGAUCAACUGCAAGGAUAGAGGAUACAGUGUCUUCUUUGGAACAUCAGCUAUCAAUGAUAUAGCGGCCAAAUGCUUAUUGCGGUUUCGGGAUGCGUUGGGCGAUCUCUGGGAUAAUCUGGGAUACAUGAAGAUCAUAUUACAGAAGUUGAUGAAGCUAAACUUGAACGUAUUGGUGUGCAUAAUGAUAACCUGUGGAAGUCCCUUUCGAGUGUCCGAGCUCUACACAUUGACGUUCGCCAAUCCUGUGGGGACAACACGUUCCAUGUAUUAUUCGAACGGGCUCAUCCAAUUGAAUAUCCGUUACAAUAAAAAUACCCAUAGCACGUUAAGGUACACCAACCAUACCAAAGUAUUGCCGCAGGAUGUCUCCAAGAUUGUGAUUCAUUACAUUUCAGUGGUGAGAUAUUUGGAGAUUGCCAUUGUCGAGAGACACGGAGCUGACGAGAUUUCCAGGGAUAUUAGUGAGCCGUCUUAUCGCAAGAAUAUAGACGACAAUGACGAUGAAUCCGAUAGAGAGGAAGCGGAGGCACUGACAAGUAUUGCCGAGCGCCAGCCAAGAAAGGCAAUGCUCCGGACGCUAGUAUUUCUUUCACCAUUUGGCGUGAGGAAAGGCGCCCAGGCAUUCACAUUCUUGGAGUGGGCCAGUGAACAAUAUAUUGGCGAAAGGUACACACCACGACUUUUGCGACAGGCAUUGGUUCACUUUACGAGAUUACUCUUGACGGAGAACAGAUACCGCGAUACGGGAUUUCUCAAACGCAUAGACAAGCUAGCGGGGCACACCACGACGACUGCCGAUAUGCAAUACGGUGUCACGCACUCGAAUUCGCUCCUACCCAGUGUUCCUGUAAAUAAUAUCGACAUUCGGAUUUCUUUGGAGUGGCACAGGAUAUUGGGGCUAACUGAGAAAAAUGUAAAGGUUUUCCACCAAAAAGAGAACCGAACGGUGUUGAAAGAUAUCAUGUCUCAGUGCUAUAUCGGACGAGACGAAAUAGACGCUAUUGGCAAUCGCCUUUAUAAAGAUUUCAAUAUUGGCACGCUAGAUCACACGCAUAUGUUGCACUAUGCCUGCAAUUCAACGAGAGAUAUGUUGAUCAUCAGCCCUACGGGGUCUAGGAAGAGCAAUGCAUUUAAAUUUCCCAUUCUAGCUGAGAAAAAGUUAGGCCUUCCAUUCGUCAGCUUCAUCAUAUCACCAUUCGUCAGUUUGCUUGAGGAUAUGAAAGAGAAGCUUUUUGAUUUGGAGGAGCUAGCGGUGGCGAUCUAUGAUCCUGAGAAGGAGUAUGAGUAUUAUAUUACGUGCGACGUUGUCAUCGUUCAGUUGGAAAAAGCGAAGGAGGCAGAAGGGCUAGUGCGGCAUUUCCAUCUGGAAAAAGUAUUCAAGUAUAUUAGACGGUUGGUGUUGGAUGAGGCGCAUAUUCUAAUGGAGCAUAAAUCAUUUCGUGCAGCGAGCAUCAUGAAAAUCUCAGAGGUUUUCGGGAGUGGCGUCCCCAAGUUAUUUCUUUCUGCAACGUUUCCUAAGCUGUAUGAGUCCCGGAUAUGUAGAAUGUUUGAUAUCAAGGAUUGGAGAGUUCAUCGCGGAGAGACCAUCCGCAAAAAUAUCGCCCAUAUUGUUGUGCAAGAUACGUUUGAUGUGACGAGGGCAUUGAAAAAGAUAUACGAAUCGGAAAUAAAGCCCAACCGAACGAAAGGAAUCGUGUUUGUAUAUAAACGGAGUUUGGCGAUAGAGUUGGCCCAGGAUUUAAAGUGGAUUGUGUUCCAUGGAAAUAUGCUGCCGGGCAAAAAAGGUAACGCAUAUAGAGAAUUUUCCAGGCUUGAAGAGGGUAUGGUAGUGGCAACGUCUGCAUUCAGUCACGGAGUAGAUUUAAAAAGAAUCAGCCAUGUAAUAACGGUCGGUCAGGUUAAUAGUAUUAUUGAAUUCCAGCAAGUAGUGGGUCGAAUGUGGCGCGGAGAACCAGAAAAGAUAGGCCGCUCGUAUAUUUUGUUGCUGCCCGGCAGGAUGCAUGAGCAUAUAAGACCAUCAUCGUGCGUUAAUGGCUCUUUGACGAGCGAAUUAGAUGGAAAAGAAGACGAAAAUUGCAGAUCUCUAGAUUGUGUCAGUUGUUCGGUAUGUGACGGGACCAAGAGAAUUGAUAGCGGAGCUUUCAUGUACGAUUCAUCAGAUUCAGAUUCAGACGAAGGAAUGGAAGUUGAAGUAAUAGAAGUCGAAGAUCCUGAAGAUGAAUUGUCCGAAUUGCAAGCCACGCUUCGGGAUUGCCAGUUUAAUGUUCUCAAAUUAUAUGGAUUAAGGCCCGAGAGCGAGCUGGUUGCGGAUUCGUUAGGUGUGUAUGCCAAAUCAUUCUUCUCAACGGUAAUCAAUCCUGGCCUUAUUGUGGAUUUAGGAGUUUGCUCCGGCUGUCUAUUAUCUAAUUUUCAUGCUCAUAGCUUAGAUCCGGGCCAUGAAUCCCUGAGGUCCAUGCUGUGCUCUUUAACGCCUCUUCUCCAUGCCUUUUCCAUAUUCUUUUUAUGCGAGAAUCGUGAUGGAAAGGCGCAUUUGGAAAGCAUGAUGAUGUCACCCAAUCUCAGUAGCAUUAUGAUCAGGAGAAUUGAGGAUCUUAUCAGGAAUCCUGGUGGAAAGUAUGAACGCAUGGCCAAAUGCUUGAUGAGUCGUUCAGCCAUUGAAAAGAAUCAUUUGGAAGUUAGUUGGGCGGAAGUGUAUAAAGUGAAUGAUUAUUUGGAGAACCCUUGUGUUGAUGCAGCCCAAUUAGUUUACGGACCAAGUGAUGGGUGGUGUGAGCUUAGCAGAGUCACGCUCAAUGCGUUGGAAAUAGCAUGCCAAUUUCGAUUUAAAUCCAUAAAUGGUAAUAAAGUGUUUGGAUUCUGUUUUGGGUGCUGGGGUAAGUUGUACCAUAGAAGGCAAAUUGAUUGCCAUAAGGGAUUAAUAGCAAGAAUAUUGAUUUAUUCUUAUUAUGAAGGGUCGUUGUUGGAAAAGUAUUGUUCUGAGCGGCGUAUAGAGCUCGAGUAUCCUAGUGUAUGCCAUCUAGUAGAUCUUAUGGUUUUCCGAGAAGGGGAUAGUGUGCCGUUAUUCUUUGNUUAUGUAGGUUGGUUGUUGGCCCGCAGUCAAGGAUAA